AAUGCAACCUUCAUUCUACCACGGACUGGUGAGCGUGUCAGACGCGCCUUUUCGUUACCAACUCUAGGUAACGAUGCUCGUGAAGAAGCUGGUUCGCCGGAGGAACGUGAGGGUCUGCUGGGUACAGAUCCGGACGUGUCAUCCUCACCAGCUCCUGAGCAUAACGCGAUACUAGCGCCCNUUUACCGCUGGCGGGAUCACUCUGUCGAUUUCUGGGCUUCAAAUCUAGGACAGGGUAUCUUCAAAUGCUCCAUAGCUUAUCUACUUGGAUCCCUGGCUACUUUUCUUCCCUUUGUCUCAGCCUUUCUCGGAAAGCAAGACGGCAAACAUGUUGUUGCAACCGUCACGCGACUUGGACAUCCGACCGUAAAUGUAGGGUGCAGUCUUGCUUCUCUGGCGAUCAUCACAAUCCUGACUAAGGAAGGAUCUAUUCAAGCUGCGAAAUUCUCCGAGGAGAAGGUUUUCCAGGUCCUACGCAUGGUCUUGCUAGGCAUGGCGGCGACCACGGCAGUGAAUUUACUCAUCAAACCUCGAUAUGCCAAGAGAGAGUUGCACCGCGACUUUGUCAAGAUGACCGACUCUUUGGGGGAUAAACUCAUUGCUAUCACAAGAGCAUUCCUGACUGGUUCGGAGACCGAGAUGCAGGGCGCUGCAUAUAAGCAAGUUGACAAGGACUGCAAAGCCAACGAGACCUCGAUGAAGAAGAACCUGAUUGAAGCCAAAUACGAGCAUUAUAUGCUAGGUAGAGAAAAGGAAUAUCACAUCGAGGUCAAGCUUGUCAAAUGUAUGCAAGGGCUUUCUCAGAGUAUCGGUGGUCUUUACAGUGCGGCUGACACACAGUUUGCGCUUAUCAAAUCCUCACCACACAUUAAUCGAUCAGACUCGGCAAUCGCAUCCAUGUCGUCGUCUUUCUUGGGCGCUUCGCAGCUUGUGAGCGAACCAGGUGAAAUCCGUGGAUCUUUGACACCAAUUAGUGAGACUCCCGAGUCGCCAGCCGAUCAGCCAAUUCCGUUCAGUCCUUUAGCUCCGAGCUUCACCAGCAAUACCACAGACAAGAGGCCUUCGUUAUCGCCUUCUGAUAUGUUCACGACAUUUAUAACACAGCUAGGGCCACCGAUGAAAUCAUUGGCCUUUACCCUCAAAUCAAUCUUGGACGAACUGCCAUUUCAACCCGGAACCGAUCAUGUAAUCGCGGUCAAUGUUAACUUCAGAACAAGUCUUGCCCAGGCCAUCGAGCUUUUCAACAACGCCAGGAAAGAAGCAUUGUCUACACUGUACCGCAACAAGGAGAUCACGAAUGCCAAGUCUUUGGAGCGUGUAGCUGAUCUGGAAGAAGUUGCCGCGAGCUGCGGACACUAUGCCGCAGCAAUGGUAGAUUUUGCCGAGGACACGCUCAAAUAUCUGGAAAUCCUGGAAGAGCUAAAGGAAGAACUGGAACAGGAAGACAGAACUCGGUCCUGGAAUUGGCUGGCCUUCUGGAGGAGACAUAGAACCGAUAAAAUUGCGAAUGAAGAAGCAGGUCUGUCACUGGUGCAUGAACCUGAUGAGGCUCUGACUACAGACAUCGUCAAGCCUAUCCUCCAAGCGGAUACGUUUGCUAGAGCAGGACUCAGUACUAAGGAACCGUUCACUCACCGACUUUAUCGUAUGUUCAAGUUCAUCCGAAGGGACGAUAUUCGGUUUGCGAUAAAGGUCGGCGUGGGUGCAGCGCUCUUCGCUUUGCCCUCUUUCAUGGUGUGGUCUCGACCGUUCUACCAACACUGGCGUGGAGAGUGGGGUCUUGUUUCCUACAUGGUCGUAUGCUCAAUGACGAUCGGAGCUUCCAACACGACUGGCAUUGAGCGUUUUAUAGGCACAGCUAUGGGUGCUGUACUCGCGAUUGUGGCCUGGAUCGUCUCAGACGAUAGCCCUUGGCUUCUCGGUUUCUUUGGCUGGCUGAUGUCGCUCGCCUGUUUCUACAUCAUCCUGGUGCAGGGUAAAGGACCCAUGGGUCGCUUCAUCCUUCUUACAUAUAACCUGUCCGCCCUGUACGCAUACUCGCUGUCGGUGAAGGACAAUGAUGACGAUGACGAUGAAGGCGGCAUUAACCCUGAAAUUUGGGGGAUCGUGCUCCAUCGUUUCGUGGCAGUCAUCGCUGGCUGUAUAUGGGGCAUCGUUGUGACACGAGUGAUCUGGCCCAUCUCAGCUCGCCGCAAGCUCAAANAUGGUAUCUGCUUGCUUUGGCUACGCAUGUCGUUGAUUUGGCGCAGAGACCCACUAGCCAUGUUUCUCCUCGGUGAGCCCGCGUCGGCAUACAUGGACAUACGUGAAGAAUCUGAACUGCAAACCUUCCUGGCGCAACUGGAAGCGCUUCGCAAAGCCGCAGCCUCCGAGUUUGAAUUCCGAGCACCAUUCCCUGACAAAGUGUUUGGCAAGAUUCUGGAAAGGACAAAACGCAUGCUGGACAAUUUCCACUCUAUGAACAUGGUGAUAGCCAAGGACCUUAAAGCCACUCCUGGGGAAGCAGAAGUGCUUAGAUAUACUCGAGCAGAGCGAUUUGCUCUGUCGGCGAGAAUCAGCCAUUUGUUUUCUGUGUUGGCUAGUUCAGUCAAGCUGGAAUACCCGCUCAACGAUGUGUUGCCCAAUAUUGAUCACACGAGAGACAGACUUUUGGCGAAGAUCUUCGAGUUUAGAAGGGAUAGUGACAAAGCUUCGCUUGCCACCGAGGAGGACUAUGAGCUGUUGUAUGCUUAUGCACUCGUAACUGGCUCGCUAGCGCAGGAAAUUAUGGGCAUCAGUGCAGACUUGGAGGAGUUGUUUGGAAAGUUGAACGAAGACAACCUGGCACUGUAC